CUCUGAGCAAAAUUCAUAGAAGAGCAUUUAUGAGAGCAAGUGAAGCAAAGCUGAUACCAGUAAACAAACAAGUGCAAUUUUAUUAUCUGCUGCAUUACGGAGCAAAACAAAAAAUAACGAAAGACCUGCAUCUAGGACUUUUUACUCUGCUUUUUUUUUUGACUGUGACAGAAGCCCCAAAUGGAGCCUCCAAUGCAAAUAGCGAAGAACCAAAAUGAAGCUUUUUGUUGUCCUGGUGGCCUUGGUGGUACUUCUGGCCGUUUUCACAGAUGCAUCACCAAUUGUCACGGAAAAACAGGCCAAACAAGUUUUACGGAGUAAGCGUUCUGACAGACCAUGGAAGGCAGGACAUUCCGAUGAACCGAUGAGGGAGUACAUGCUCUACCUGCAGCGUCUGGAGCAGAGGUCAGAAGAACAGUUCUACGAGCACUGGUGGAAUCCUCACUGUCAGCCUCACUGUAAUCGCAAUAUCGUCAACCCUGUUUAAUGUCUACAACGUGUCUGUACACCUGAAGAAGAUCUGGACCUGAUCAGAGGAGACUGUCGCAAAUACGAAGAAUCUGCUUUCUGCUUGUUUUCCCGUGUUUUGCCCUACAAGCACUGGUAUCCCUAGGGCACCAGGACCACACCAGUAGCAUCCUAUCAAACUAUCCUGUCGAACUGAGAAUUUUGCUAUAGUGGAGGGUGGAGAACAAACGCCAUGAGUAAUUAUAAAUUGCUCGUGAACAUCAAUGAACAUACGUAGUUUCAGUUGUAUAUUUAUCCGUAUGUUAUAUACAAAUGAUAUAAAGCAUUACGCCUGUAAACAUUGUACUCCACUGUAUAUAUGCAUGUAGACUGUAUAGCCAGAUGA